UGCAUGGAAGUUUGGGCUGCUCUCUUUAAAUUAAGUGGCUAACACUAGCUUGCUAAAGUCACACUUGCAGGAUUAGGAUGAUAACACUGGCAUGGCGUCGCUCGGCCUGCAGGAAUAGCCGUGUGGAUCCUGCUGCACGCCUUUUAGCUGCAGCUUUUCUGGCAUCGGACAGUCCUCUGCAGAACUCAGGGGGAAACUUAAGGUGUUUCAGACCGAACCAUCCCCACCCACCAAGCAGCAGAUCCCCGCUGCACCACCACCUCCACCAACAGCAGCCGGCCUACCACCGCAGAUCAUCUGCGUUCAUGAGCAUGGCGUCCGGGGGGGAUGAAGCGCCUCCUCACAAACACUCCAACCGGCUGAGCAUGGAGAGAUCUCCCUACCUGCUGCAGCACGCUCACAACCCUGUGGACUGGUAUCCGUGGGGAAAAGAGGCUUUUGACAAGGCAAAGAGUGAAGACAAACCCAUCUUUUUAUCAGUGGGUUACUCCACCUGUCACUGGUGCCACGUCAUGGAGAGAGAGUCUUUCGAAGAUGAGGAGAUCGGGAAAAUCCUGAGCGAUAACUUCGUCUGCAUCAAGGUGGACCGAGAGGAACGGCCGGACGUGGACAAGGUCUACAUGACCUUUGUGCAGGCGACAUGCGGAGGGGGAGGUUGGCCCAUGAGUGUGUGGUUGACCCCCGAGCUUCACCCUUUCAUUGGAGGAACUUACUUCCCCCCUACAGACCAUGCCCGAAGACCCGGACUCAAAACUGUGCUCACCAGAAUCAUGGAACAGUGGCAGAAUAACCGUCCGGCUCUGGAGUCAAAUGGAGAGAGGAUCCUGGAGGCUCUGAAGAAAGGCACGGCGGUCUCUGCAAACCCCGGAGAAAUCCCUCCUCCGGCUCCAGAUGUGGCCCAGCGGUGUUUCCAGCAGCUGGCGCACUCCUACGAGGAAGAGUACGGAGGAUUCAGAGAUGCUCCCAAGUUCCCCACACCAGUGAACCUGAUGUUCCUCAUGUCCUUCUGGUCGGUGAACCGCUCCUCCUCAGAGGGGGUGGAGGCUCUGCAGAUGGCGCUGCACACUCUGAGGAUGAUGGCGCUGGGGGGCAUCCACGACCAUGUGGCUCAGGGUUUCCAUCGUUACUCCACUGAUAUCUCCUGGCAUGUUCCCCACUUUGAGAAGAUGCUGUACGACCAGGCUCAGCUGGCUGUGGCCUACAUCACUGCCUCCCAGGUGUCAGGUGAGCAGCUGUUUGCAGACGUGGCUAAAGACAUCCUGCUGUACGUCUCCAGAGACCUGAGCGACAAGUCCGGAGGUUUCUACAGUGCAGAGGACGCAGACUCUGUCCCGGCGUCGGGGGGGCCAGAGAAGAGAGAGGGGGCUUUCUGCGUCUGGACGGCAGCAGAAGUUCGGGAUCUGUUUCCAGAUGUGGUGGAGGGAUCCACUGGAGCGGCCACUCAUGCGGACAUCUUCAUGCACCACUACGGGGUCAAAGAGCUGGGCAAUGUGACUCCAGAACAGGACCCCCACGGGGAGCUGGGGGGUCAGAAUGUGCUGAUCGUGCGUUACUCCGUGGAGCUGACAGCUGCUCGGUUCGGCCUCAGCGUGGACAGAGUCUCCGAGCUACUGAGCACCGCCAGAGGCAAGAUGGCCGACGUGAGGAAGACCAGGCCCCGCCCACAUCUGGACACCAAGAUGCUGGCCUCCUGGAACGGUCUGAUGCUGUCGGCCUACGCCUGUGUCGGAGCUGUCCUGGGGGACAAGGCUCUGCUGGAGAGGGCGGUGCAGGCUGCACACUUCCUGAAGGAGAACCUGUGGGAGCCCGAGCGACAGACCGUCCUCAGGUCCUGUUACCGCGGAGACGAGCUGGAGCUGCAGCAGAUAUCUCCGCCUAUCUCCGGCUUCCUGGACGACUACGCCUUCAUCAUCGCUGGUUUGCUGGACCUGUACGAGGCGUCUCUGCUGACCGAGUGGCUGCAGUGGGCGGAGCAGCUGCAGCUCCGGCAGGACGUCCUGUUCUGGGACCAGCAGGACGGCGGGUACUUCUGCAGCGACCCCAACGACACCUCCAUCCUGCUGCAGCUCAAGAAAGAUCAGGACGGAGCGGAGCCCAGUGCUAACUCGGUGUCGGCGUCCAACCUGCUGCGUCUGUCUCAGUAUACGGGGCGACAGGAUUGGCUGCAGCGGUCCGAACAGCUGCUGGCGGCGUUCUCCGACCGGCUCUCCAGAGUCCCCAUCGCUCUGCCCGAGAUGGUGCAGGCUCUGAUGGCCCAUCACUACACACUGAAACAGAUUGUGAUCUGUGGACAGAGGGAAGCUCCGGACACCCUCGGCCUCCUCUCGGCGGUCCACUCCCUCUUCCUCCCACACAAGGUUUUGAUGCUCGUUGACGGCGAUGACGACAGCUACCUGUGCCAGCGUCUUCCCCACCUCUCCUCCAUGUCGCAGCAGGGUGGGGUCGCCACAGCCUUCGUCUGCCAGAACUUCACCUGCUCCCCCCCCGUCACCGACCCACAGGAACUCCGCAGGCUGCUGCUGGACGGCAACACGGAGAUACAGGCCGAAUGAUGAUUCUGAGAUUCAACAAGAGGACUGCAGUCUUCAUAGCCCUGGCUUAGCUUAUAUCAGAUUUAUAGAGGGGUGCAGGGAUGACACAUUUUAACCCUGACCCGGAUGUAAGCCAACAGCUUCAGUACCAUAAUGUGACCGGGGGCUCCUGUCCUAUCCUUUGUUAGCAUCACCAGCUAGGCAUUACCUCUCAAAUCAACUCCAGUUUCUUUUAGCAGGCUUUCAGAGACUGAACUUCAGGUAUUUAAAUGUCCUUUAAAAAUAAACAUGCAGCAGUGGCAGCUCUCAUCGAAUCUUAGCUGUUAGCACGUAAGGAAACUAAAGACUCUUAAUAGACACUCUGAUGAAUUGGACGUGCAAAGGAGGAACCACUCCCCCUGUGUGACAGUGGUGUCUGUGUGUGUGUGUGUGUGUGUGUGUGUGUAGACACUAAACGCUGCUCUGUCUGUAUUUAUGUGCAUGACUUUCAGAAGUUUAUCGUGCAUUUGAUUCCAUUUGUAGUAACGUCACAGUGGAGGAGCCGCUCUACCAUCUGCUCCCAAACCCCCGGUAUCUCCGAUUCAACGUGAGAGGACUCUCCUUUAUCUUCCACAACAACAACAACAACAAUAACAGCAUGCAACCCUGCAUAAUAAAAGAUAUUCCCCUUUAUAAGAGAUGAUGCUUCCUCUGUUUAUCGCUGUCUCUAAACAGAAGUGGCUUCAGAUGCAGUUCAGAGAGAUAUGUGUGUGUCCUUUUCAGACGAUGGGUUUUUUCUUGCAGCACUGUGAGAUGGGAAAACGCUGCGAGUGUGUGUGUCCCCGCAGUCUGCCUUUGUGCUAUAAAUAUUCAUCAGACAGAGCGAGAGAAAACCCCUCUGUUAUUCCCCUCGUUCCUUCCCGCUGCAUGAAGGUAAUGUAAACUGUGUGUGUGUGUGUGUGUGUGUGGGAGACAGAUGGACGGCUGAUGAUGAGGGAGGCGAGGGAGUUUGUCUCGCAGGGUGCAGCUCCGGGUGAUAUUUUUAGCUUCACGCGUAUCGUCUGAGGCCUCUCGUUGCUCGUCACAA